AUGUUAUACCCACAGGGUCAUCGACAGAUUAGCGGUCUCAGUCCCUAUGCGAAGAAGUUAGUUGGAGAACUAACUACAGCCCAUGUGAAACCACGGCACAUCAUGAAAGCCAUUGAAGGCGCAUUUCCGUCAUUGAAGCCUAACAUGAGGUACAUUUAUAAUUGUAGAGAUAUGUUAAGAAGGGAGAGAUCAGAAGACAGAAAUGCAGCUCAGGAGUUUCUUCAUCAGGCUGUUCAAAACAAUUAUCUGUUUUGGCUUGAUUCGGACGAGAUGGGUAGGGUGACACAUACAUUCAUUGCACACCCGACGUCCGUGAACUUAGUCAGUACGUAUCUGCAUGUGAUUUACAUUGAUGCAAUGUACAAGACAAACAAGUACUUGUAUCCUUUAGUGGAGAUUGUUGGUGUCAAACCAACCAACAAGAAUUUUCUUGUUGUAUGGGCUUUGUUGCAGCAUGAGGAUGCUGAGAGUUACCGUUGGAUGUUGUCGACACUGAAAAACCUCAUUGGUUGUGUGACGCCGAAUGUCAUUGUGAGUGAUCGAGAUCUGGCUUUAUGCAAAUAUAUCUCGGAGGUUUUUCCCACAUCUGCUCAUCUACUUUGCACGUGA